GUAGAGACUGCUGCUCGAUUGGCUAAUGCUCACGAGUUCAUCACAGAGUGCUUGCCACAAGGUUAUGAUACGCCUGUAGGCCAGGGCGCUGACGUCACUGGCGGUGGCUCUGGCCUCAGUGGCGGCCAACGCCAACGAGUAGCCAUCGCCCGAGCUCUUUUGAAGGACUCACCAAUUCUUAUACUUGAUGAAGCUACCUCAGCUCUGGACACCGAAUCAGAGGCGAAAAUACACCAAGCUCUAAAGACGGCUACUAAAGGCAAGUCUCUUACACUGGAAACAUUCUUUUGGCAUUUUAACUGUUGA